GAAUAAACCGGUUCGGUUUUCUCAAGAAUUCUCAAAAACCGUUUCUUCUCUAAAUCGAAAGCUGGGAUUAGUAAGCCCCACCACCACCACCACAGCGAUCGGAGAAGAAGCCAUGGAAAUUUCCGGAGGUCGUUGUCUUCUUCUUCUAAUACUCUCCUUUUGUUUCUUAUCAUCUGUUUUGGCUAAAUCUCCUCGUCCUAUCUCCGAUGUAGAGAUCAGGCAGAAGAAGAACGAAUGCUAUGCUGAUAUAGAAAGUGGGUUAUGGGGGUGGCAAUGCAAAUCAUCUGCAAUAGCAAAAGAGAAUUGUGCGCUGCGAUGCCUUUCUCCUGUUUGCUAUGAACUCAUUUAUGAGAGUGAUCCGCUUGAAGAAGGGGAAAAAGAUUUGAUUAGAAGCCAAGAGUACAAGUAUUGUAUGUACAAGUCAUCAAUCGGGGAAAGCCUAGAAGGUGUCCGAGGCAGCUUUUGAUUGUAUCAAAGAAGAGUUUCUCAAUUAAGACUUUUUUUUCUUUUUCUUUUACCUUUGCCAGAAGCUGAGCGUAGCUCUUGAGCUUGAGAUCAAUAGUAUUCUGCUCUAUCACAUAUGAAGCCAUAUAAGGCUUUGAUUGUUAGUUGGUACAAUUGUUAAUUUUUGCGUAUAGGGUUGUUUUUAUGAGACGUUUACGUUUAUGA